AUGGCACAGAGUCUGGGAUAUGUGUUCGUUACUACUGGGCGAAGCUGCUGCUGCCAAGCUGCUGAUGCCAUCCCGAUUUCCGACAACACCAUCCAGCGCCGCAUCUCUGACAGGGCAGCUGAUGUCAAAGAACAGGUGCUGGACGCUAUCCCCGAGAGCCCUUUCUUCUCCAUUCAGCUGGACGGGUCCACUGAUGUUGCUAACUGUGCACAGCUAAUGGUGUACGUACGCUUUAUUAAAGAGCUCGAUGUCCAGGAGGAAUUUCUAUUUUGCCACCCUCUGCCGGCUCGCACUACAGCCACAGAAAUCUUCAAGGCUUUGAAUGACUUCAUUCAGGAAAAUCAUAUUGACUGGAGCCGCUGUUGUGGUAUAUGCACUGACGGUGCCAGGGCAAUGACAGGUCGCCACAGCGGUCUGGUGAAACAGGUGCAAGCUGUUGCGCCCCCCGCUGUUUGGUCGCACUGUAUUAUCCGUAGCCAGGCUUUGGCGACCAAGAGGAUGCCCAAAGAGCUGCGCGCGGUCCUGGAUGAGGCAGUAAAAAUGGUCAACUUAAUUAAAUCACGCGCCAUGAAUGCCCGUCUCUUCUCCAUCCUCUGCAAUGAGAUGGGCGCUCACUUCCAUCAGCUGCUCCUGCACUCCGAGGUCCGGUGGCUGUCGCGGGGGAAGUCCUCACUCACCCGCUUGUGUGAUCUGCACGAGGAAGUCCUCAUGUUUCUCGCCGAAAUCAACUCCCCAUUGGUGAAGCAUAUAGAGGACACAAAGUGGGUUGCAAUGCUGGCCUAUCUGUCUGAUAUCGUCGACCGAAUAAACACACUGAACACCUCUCUGCAAGGCAAAGAGUGCCACGUCUUUUUGGCACACGAUCAAGGGUUGCGUGAGCAGUUUGGAGACUAUUUUGAGGAGGAGAGCCUGGCAAAUCAGUGGGUGAGAAAUCCGUUUUCUUUCCCUGUGACACCGCGUGAUGGACUGACUAUGCAAGAGGAGGAGGCCCUUGUCCAGCUGAACUCUAAUAUGGACUUAAAACAAAAAAUGAGAGAGGUGUCACUCGCGCAAUUCUGGCUGUCUGUGGAGACCGAGUUCCCCCACCUCACCAACAAAGCUGUGAAGGUCUUCAUCCCCUUCACGUCCACUUACCUGUGUGAGUGCGGGUUUUCAGCAUUAACAAUGAUUAAAAGCAAGCACAGUUCACGGCUGCGGGUAGAGGAUGAUCUACGUUUAUUCCUUUCCACAGUCCAUCCUCGCAUCAACCGCCUGUGCGCAUCAAAAACACAGGCUCAUUGUUCACACUGA